AGUGAUAGACAGCUAAGAUCAUGCAAAGAUCCAAGAAGUAUUUUUUGCUCUUUUGGGGGCUUUUGGAGACGUGGGUGUUCAGCGGGAGUAUUCUGGGGUGGUCGGCCCUCCAUUACAUGCUGAAGAGAGAAGGGGUGUACGGAUUUUUGUGCCAUCCUAUUGAAGUGCCCUCUCAAAAUUCCAGCAGUUUUGUGGCGGAACCACUAAUUGACACGACGGAAGAUUACACACACACUGAUGUGCCAUUAAUACAUGUAGAGCUUUCUGUAGAAGUCGGUUGCGUAGCCCAAGAUAAAGUGCUGAACCUUGCCUACACGAUCGGUAUCUUCUGUGUCGGUUUCAGCGCCUUCAUAUGGGGCUUCCUCAUCGACAGACUUGGCCUCAGAAUCAUCAGGCUGCUUCUCAACUGCCUGAUAUCUGUUGGCACUAUUCUUCUUUCUGUUACAACAAAAGAAACGUCCUACCUGAUAUUCCCAGCCUUAAUUCUUUGGUGCCUCGCCGGCGUUCCACUACGCCUUGCUAACAUGCAGAUUGCCAAUUUGUUUCCGAACCGACGUUCUACAGUGAUAACAUUAUACAGUGGCGCAUUUACAGCGUCUGCUUCCAUAUUUAUUUUAACAAAGUACGGAUACGACGCAGGCCUGUCGUGGGAAUGGGUGUGCUACAUUCUGAUGGCAUACAGUGCGUGCAUGCUGCCCAUCACCCUCUUCUGCCUUCCUGUCGAUAGGAUACGGGACGACACCGAGAAGGGUCGACAGUCGAUCUUCAAGAAAGUGGGAGACAUCGCCGUCAUAUCAUCCGGGCAAGACGGAAAAUUCAACAUCAUACCAGGGUCUCCAUUUUCAGCUAAGAAAGUCAUAGAAGGUUUAGAACCAAUUCCUCAAAUGAAAGUCGUGCAGAACAUCGUCGAAAAAGAAUCAUCCGCAGUAGUUCCAGUUGAAGACCAGCUUCCUUUCCGAGUAGCUCUGACGUCAUUCUCAUUUUCCUUGCACCAGUAUUGGUUUUCCUGGCUCCUGUUGGCAACACUCAAUUAUUCUGGAUCACUGCACUUAUGGAUGGAGCGAAUAAGUUCCGACGUACAUACAGUAAGUAGGUACACACAGAUUUAUGGACUAUGUCAAGUUUCAUCAUUAAUUUUGGCACCCAUUGCGGGUAUAGUAAUGGACAGAACUCUGAAUUCAGCAGCUCAAGAGCCUGACUAUGAUAAAAGAAAGCUGAUCAUGUUGCGGUCAGGCUUCUGGCCAAUGUUGUUUACCACUGCAGCUCAGGCCAUUGUCCAGCUAUGCAAGUUUUUUGAAAAUGAUGUUUCAGUGUAUAUUUCUAUAUUUUUUACAACCAUUCUACGGUCGUUCCACGUCGCAGUUGCCACCGCUUAUCUAAGGAUUCGGUUUCCUGCAAGUCAUUUCAACAGGCUGUUGGGAAUUAUGAGUACUACUGCUGCCGUAGGUUCUUUACUGCAAUUCCCGCUCUAUGUGUGGGAAUCUAAGUCAGCAGAAGGUGUCCUAGAGGUUAAUAUAUUCAACUGUGUCACCCUGAUGGUAUGUUUUGUCCAUCCAUUGCACCUGUUGAUUACGCCUCUACAAAAAAGGUUCAUUAGAAGAGAGCACGAAGUCACACUCAAAUCGAAGGCAAGCUCCUAGUCAAGCGAGACACUAACAGCCGCCACCGUUUGGAGAUUCCUGACGUCAUGUCGGUCACACGGUCACCGACAUGUCUAGGCAGCCAUAGAUCUAAGAACAUUGUCCUAGGUCUUUUACUCACAUACUAUAGGAAUACUUUUAAAAUAGGGUGCCAAAACAAUUCUUAAUAAAGACUGGAAGAUAGCUUCAAGGUGAUAGUUGAUAAAUCGAAUGAGGAUUAUAUGCCAUAAAAUAACCAUCUAAGACGAAUCAAUUGCACAUAUGUAGAGUUUAAAAUAAGAUACGUCGUUUUGCGCAGGGGAUCCAACAAGUGUUUUUACAUAGUACAUAGUUGUAAUACUUAAAUCUGUUUUCAUCGUCCACCAACAACAAUUCUUAGUAAAGACUGAAAGAUAGCUUCAAAGUUAUAGUUCAUAAAUCUUCGAAUGAGGAUCAUAUGCCAUAAAAUCACCAUCUAAGACGAAUCAACUGUACAUACGUAAGAAUUUUAAAGGAAAUACGUCAUUUUUUGUGCAGGGGUUCCAACAAAUGUUUUCAAGCAAUACAUAGUUGCAAUACUUGGACUGUUUUCAUCGUCUACCAACAAUAAUUCUUAGUAAAGACUGAAAGAUAGCUUCAAGGUGAUAAUUGAUAAAUCUUCGAGUGAGGAUUGUAUGCCAAAAAAUACCUAUCUAAGAUGAAUAAACGGCUCAUUAUGUAAGAGAGAAGAAAUAUGUUGUUUUGUGCUGCGGUUUUAACUACCUACAUUAUGCUUUUAUGGCGUUUGGAUGAACACUUCUGCUACUUGAUGAAAAAAAUGCCUCAAUAAAAGUAAUAAUACUACUAAUCAUUAAGAAAUGUUAUAACUCUUUUUGAAUGAUGAAAGAAAAGCGACCGCAGGUGAGGCAAUACUUUUAACUGCAACUUCAGUUUUGUCUUAAUUGAACGUAAUGCAACUUUUGCAUCAUCAACGUGCAAAUAUUUUAAUUUUUAAAAAUAUUUUUUCACACGCUAAUAAAUAGAGAACAAAUAACACACAGCAGUGAUUUGUUGACAGAUAAUCCUCAUUAUAAUCAUUUUAGUAAUGAGAUUUGUUAUUAAAUAGUGAUGUUUAUUUUUGUAUAUAUGUAUGUUUAUUUAUACUCUUGAUUAUUUAAAGAU